GUCCCUAGGCCCGGCUUCCGCGCAGCCCCUGGGAUGGGGCCUCGGAGGGCACCCUCAGAGGGGUGGUGCCAAACGGAGCCUCAGCGGCUCUUCAUCGCUCAUAAUUCCCCAGCUGGAGCGCUUGGUGGAGAAUGUGAGUGAUUUAACUCACAAAGCUAAGCAUACACAGUGUUAUUUUUAACCUACACGUUUAAAACAUGAUGUUAUAUACAUUAUAGGAGGUGCCUAAUGAGAGAACUCAUUCCUCUAUCAAAAAAUACCGUGAGUCGGCCGGGCGCGGUGGCUCACGCCUGUAAUCCCAGCACUUUGGGAGGCCGAGGCGGGCGGAUCACGAGGUCAAGAGAUCGAGACCAUCCUGGCUAACACGGUGAAACCCCGUCUCUACUAAAAAUUAAAAAAAAAUAAAAAUAAAAAUAAAAAAAUUAGCCGAGCGUGGUGGCGGGCUCCUGUAGUCCCAGCUACUCGGGAGGCUGAGGCAGGAGCAUGGCGUGAACCCGGGAGGCGCAGUUUGCAGUGAGCCGAGAUCGCGCCAUUGCACUCCAGCCUUGGCGACAGAGUGAGACUCCGUCUCCAAAAAAAGAAAAGAAAAAAAAAAAACCGUGAGUCAUUUUCAGUAGCGAAAAGCUCUCACCUAAAACUGUCCGUUUUACAUCCGUAUCCGCCUGUGUAGAUCGGUUCUUUACUGAAGGUUCUUAGAAGGAAACUUGGAAGCGGGAGGUGGGUUCCGUGUUCCUGAAUGGGAAGACACAUUUUUCUCAAAAUAAUUCGACACCAAAUUUUGGAACUUAAAAAGAAGAUUCUUAAAACUUACAAUCCAGUGUGUUGUGACGAGGAUGAAAUAGUGUAUCCUAGGAUGCCGGGGGAAUCCACCGUCUGCCACCGCGAGCGUGAGAAGAAAAUCACCUAUCACUGGCAUCACUGGCAUCCCGGCCAUAUAUACCCUAGAGUUGAAUCAAUGGAAGAUUACGAUGAGGACCUGGUGCAGGAAGCUUCAUCUGAAGAUGUCCUGGGCGUUCAUACGGUGGACAAAGACACAGAGAGAGACAUUGAGAUGAAACGGCAACUACGGCGACUACGGGAGCUCCACCUAUACAGCAUAUGGAAGAAGUACCAAGAGGCGAUGAAGACAUCCUUGGGAGUUCCACAAUGUGAACAUGACGAAAGCUCAUCACGUGAGCGUCCACCCGAGAUACUCUCGGAGACAUUGCCAGGCUCUGUCAAGAGAAGUGUACGCUUUGCAUCAGAAGAUCAUCUAGAGGAGUUUGUAGCAGAAUAUCUACCUGAAGCAUCCAAUCAGAGUCUCCUCACUGUUGCCCAUGCAGACGCAGGCACCCAAACCAAUGGUGACCUGGAAGACCUGGAGGAGCAUAUGCCAGGGCAGACAGUCUCUGAGGAAGCCACAGGAGUUGACAUGAUGGAGGGGGACCCAGACACACUGGCCGAACUUCUGAUCAGGGAUGUACUUCAGGAGCUGUCCAGUUACAAUGGCGAGGAGGAGGACCCAGAGGAGGUGAAGACAUCCUUGGGAGUUCCACAACGUGGUGACCUGGAAGACCUGGAGGAGCAUGUGCCAGGGCAGACAGUCUCUGAGGAAGCCACAGGGGUUCACAUGAUGCAGGUGGACCCAGCCACACCGGCAAAGAAAUUGGAAGACUCCACCAUUACAGGCAGCCACCAGCAGAUGUCAGCAAGUCCUUCCUCUGCACCUCCAGAAGAAGCAACAGAAAAGACCAAAGUGGAAGAGGAAGUGAAAACCAGAAAGCCCAAGAAGAAAACCAGGAAGCCCAGCAAGAAAAGCCGGUGGAAUGUCCUGAAAUGUUGGGACAUUUUUAACAUAUUUUAGAGACCUCUGAAGAUUCCUCGAACACCAGGAAGGGCCCCGAUGUGGGGAUGUCAACAUGGCUCAGACUUGAUGUGGAUCGUGAUCAUUUCGGGAAAUGUGUUACUCCAAAAACUUUUAUAAUCUUUGCUUAAUUUGUUUUUAAAUAUUUUCCUGGCUGGGCGUGGUGGCUUAUGCCUGUAAUCCCAGCACUUUGGGAGGCCAAGGCGGGUGGAUCACCUGAGGUCAGGAGUUCAAGACCAGCCUGGCCAACAAGGUGAAACCCCGUCCCUACUAAAAAUACAAAAAUUAGCUAGGCGUGGUGGCACACUCUUGUACUCCCAGCUAUUUGGGAGGUUGAGGCUGGAGAAUCACUUGAACUCGGGAGGCGGAGGUUGCAGUGAGCCAAGAUCAUGCCACUGCACCCCAGCACCUGGCGACAGAGCGAGACUUUGUCUCAAAAAAAAAAGAACAAAAAAAUUCUGACUUUAACCUCUGUUUUUCAGAGGGCACAAAUUGUUCUUGUAUUGUUUCCAUUUUACAUUGGAAGUUAUUUUCCAAUUGUUUUCAUUCUUUCUGAAGUUUUGUUUACUCAGUUUUAAGCUUUUGUAAUUUUGAUAGACUUCUUUUGUGCUUUCAUUUUCUUAAUGACUUUUACCUCAUUUUUAAAACAAAUCCAUAGUACGGAUGAUAUUGAUGAUGAAAUGUCUUACGAUGAUCAUUUAGAGGUUUAUUUUGAACAACUGGCAAUUCCAGGAAUGAUGGAAUAAAACAUAUGAAGUAGAAGGACUGGAACCUCCAGAAAAAGUACUUUAAGUUACCUACAGGUGAUCCUAGUCAGGUAUGAAUUGAUAAGAAAUGCCUGCACCUUCCCUCCUUCCUAUCUUUCCCUUGCCUACAGAAAAUUAAAAGGCAAAACAAUGGACAUCUACAUAUUCUUCAUUCAGAUCAACCAGUGGCUAGCAUUUGCCACCUUUGCAGUUUCUUUCUCUUUCCAUAAGUACUUUCUUCUCUGAAUCAUUUGAAAGCAAAUGAAAACAGUAGCCUAAAGUGUCAGUUUCAACCAGAAAAUAACAGCUCUGAUUUCUCAUGGCUCACACUCUUCUGAAACGACUCGGGUAGAGGCUGAGGAAGGCCGUGUUGUUUGUCUACCUGGGACUACACCUACUGAAAGAAGUUCUCAAGUUCUGAUUGAGUUCUAAAAUUUUUUGAAGAUUGGAAUUCUUCAUAUGUAUUGCGGGUAAUCUAGAGAUGACUUGAGGGAUAUUGGAGGGUGUGUCCAGGCUGCAGGUAAAAAGAGAAGAGAAAGACAUUCUUGAUUUUGGUGACUAGAGUUGUAGAUGCUGGAAUCUUUGCCACUAACAUUGAUGAACCAGAUGCACGUCACCAGCCCAUCACGGUGAUUCUUAAUGCCGGCACCAUGGCCCGGCACUGCCACGUUUUCCAAGGAACCUGCCGGAGCUCCUGCGGAAGCUGCUCCUCGGGCCGAUGGAGUCCCUUCGCUGGUAGGCCCUUCUUCAGUCACCACAGGAUGCCUGCCAUUCAUGAGCAGGAAGGAGAGGACGGGCUUUGAAUAAAAAACAGGAUCCAGGAAACAUUUGUGAGGCCAUUUGGACUUCAGUGUGAAAUGGUGUUAAAAGAUGAAGUCAUUUAUUCAAGAAGUAAACCUCUGCCACCUGGACUGUGCUCAGUCAUUUCAUUGAUUUUGUUUAAUAAACAUUUUCUGGCUUUGG